UGCAUUGCGCCGGCAAUCCCGUAGCAUAAGCAAAGUGUCGCGUCGCGCAGCUUCUCUCCAUUUUCGUUUGUCUCUGGUUCAGCUUCUCCCACCGGUGGUCACCGUUACUUUUGUGGCGAAAACCGGUAAAAAGUGCCGAUUUUAUUCAAAAUUUCUCCCUAAAGUGUCUUUAAUUCGUUUCGCCAAUAAGGGAGUUAAAAACUAGGCACCGACCAUGGCGUCGGAACAAUUCUCGUUAUGUUGGGACAAUUUCCACAAAAAUAUGAGCUCGGGCUUGAACGCCCUGCUCGAAACCGAGGAAUUGGUGGACGUUACCUUAGCGGUCGAGGGCAAAUACUUGAAAGCCCAUAAAAUGGUCCUCUCGGUUUGCAGUCCCUAUUUUAAAGAACUUUUCAAAGCGAACCCGUGCCAGCACCCGAUCGUUUUUAUGAAAGACGUUAGUUACGUAGCCAUUAGUGAUUUGUUACAGUUUAUGUAUCAGGGAGAAGUACAAGUUAGUCAGGAUAAUUUAACUACCUUCAUUAAGACUGCAGAGGCCUUGCAAAUCAAAGGCCUGACUGGGGACGGUAAUGGUUCCGCGGAUGCCGAAUCGGACUCGACACACGACGUAAAAUCGACCACGAGCAGCAGUCGACAACACGUCGAUACCGAUUACAAACCGAGACCGAAAAAACAACCGGCACCGUCUCCAAUCUCGGUUCCCGCGCCGAUCUCCUCAAAGGCGCAAAAACGACCGCGAUUGAGCGUCUCCUCGAACGACUCUCAAUCGAAUCCGCCCGUAUCCUCGAUUACCGCCAAAACCGAACCGAUCUCAGCUAUACCGGAAACGAACACGAGCUCAACCGGCGGCUCUAUGCAACAGUUUAAAGUCGAACCGUAUGAUCAAAACCAAUCGGUAACGAUACCAGACGACGGAGACGAUAAUUUUGGCGAUGACACUUUGGAUGAUACCACUGUUGAUGACACUGAGGAUUAUUCUAUGAUGGAAGGCGAGGAAACGGAACCACAGGCAGGUACCAGUGCUGACGGCACAGGAGAAGGCCAAGCUAUUUUAUCCCAUGAAGCUGAGUACGACGGCUUAACCAGUGUGGCCAUCGAGCAUGCCCUAAAUGUUAUAAGAACCAAGACCAAAUUCAACUUUAUUAACAUUGCUGAACAUGAUCCUAUACCUAAACGAGGCUUGUUUGAAGCAGGACAAAAGGUAUGUGAAUCAGUCAACCAAGGCACCGCAGCACUCUUCGGACCCGCCCACGAUCAAAUCAACGAGAUCGUCCAAUCCAUCUCCACCUCAUUGGAAAUUCCACAUUUUCAAAUGAUGUUCAAUCCGAGACCGUUGAGGAACCAUAACGCGCCGAUCUUCAAUUUAUAUCCGAGUGCCAGGGAUUUAUCUUACGCUCUGGCAACGCUGGUGCGUGAUAAUGAUUGGCAAACAUUCACGGUCAUUUACGAGGACGAGCACGGAUUGGUUCGCUUACAGGAGAGCCUUAAGGAGAUCAAACCGAGGAUGCCGAGCGACGUUGCCGUUACAUUUAGGAAGUUGGAGCCUGGAUAUAAUUACAGAUCGGUGUUGAAACAAAUCAAAAACUCAGAAAACUACAACUUCAUAGUGGACUGCAAAGCGGAUCGUAUUCUGGAAUUUUUACGACAAGCCAAGGAGCAGAAACUUCUGGAGGAAUAUCACAGUUAUCUACUUACUGACAUGGAUGCUCAUACUUUAAAAUGGUCCAGCUUAAAGCCAUUUACAUCCAACAUCACCACUUUUCGGAUGGUCGAUCCUGAGGGCAGCACUGUACAAGAGGUUGCCAAGCUGUGGAGAGUUAAUCCAAAAGAAAUCAAGACCGAGACAGCCCUUAUUUACGACGCCCUCAAUCUCUUCGCUACAGCAGUCCGCGACAAGUUUCCCCAUGAACUUCCCAAUGAAAAAUUAGACUGUUUAGGAUUUGAAGUAGCUUCACAUGGAGAGCUUAUACGUACGGCUAUUAGUAAACCUUCAAAAAAAUCAAAACCACCCGUUCUCUCCGGGUUUCUAUCUGGUCCCCUGCAGUUCGACCGACACGGCGUAAGAAAAAAUGUCAACCUGCAAAUUGUUGAACUGAAGAAGACCGAACCGGGUUUUAGGGUGACUGGUAGUUGGACCUCUGCAAACCCUCAGAAGAUUAGUUAUGUGGUCACUUCGGCAGAAAGAGAGAAGGAAAUCGAAACGGAGCUUCAAAAGAGGAAUUUUAGGGUCGUUUCAAAGUUAGGAGCGCCCUAUUUUAUGUUACGAGAAGACGUGAAUAAAGAGACUUAUGGAAACGACCAAUACGAAGGCUACGCAGUAGAUUUAAUUAAGGAAAUUUGCAAUUUCCUGAAUUGCAGUUACACGUUUGAAGUGGUCCCCGAUGGUAAAUAUGGAAACUACGAUUUGGAGAAGAAGGAAUGGAAUGGAUUGAUUCGACAUUUACUAGAUAGGAAAGCUGACUUAGCCGUAGCCGAUCUCACAAUAACCUACGAACGAAAAACCGCCGUGGACUUUACGAAUCCUUUUAUGAAUUUAGGUAUAAGCAUUUUAUAUGCGAAAGCUGUAAAAGAACCACCAGAGCUAUUGUCUUUUGCCCUUCCGCUGAGUUUGGACGUUUGGUUGUAUAUGGCCACCUCCUAUUUGAUUAUAUCAAUAAUUAUAUUUUUAGUGGCAAGGUUAAACCCUAAUGACUGGGAGAACCCACAUCCAUGUGAUCCCGAGCCCAAAGAGCUAGAAAACAUUUGGACCAUUAGAAACUGCGUUUGGUUAACUUUAGGAUCGAUCAUGACUCAAGGAUGCGAUCUGUUACCAAAGGGCAUUUCGACUAGAAUGGCAACAGCAUCUUGGUGGUUCUUUUCAUUAAUCAUGACGUCAUCGUACACAGCAAAUAUGGCAGCCUUCCUGACAAUGUCUCGUAUGGAACUAACAAUCGACAGUGCUGAAGAUUUAGCCAAUCAGAACAAGAUAAAAUAUGGUUGUCUUCAAGGUGGUUCAACAUGUUCCUUUUUCAAAGACACCAACUUCUCAAUAUACCAUCAGAUGUGGCUACAAAUGGAAUCGGCCGAUCCCUCCGUGUUCGAGCUAAGUAACGCUGAUGGGGUCAAACGGGUUCAAACUAGCAAAAGAAAAUACGCCUUCCUUAUGGAAAGUACUAAUAUCCAAUACGUUACCGAACGUUAUUGCGAUUUGAUCCAAGUAGGGAGCGAGAUUGAUUCGAAGGGGUAUGGGAUCGCUAUGACGGCUAAUUUCCAGUAUAGAAAACCUUUGAAUGCGGCCAUUUUAAAACUACAAGAAAGCGGCGCUUUGGAUCAUCUAAAAAAGAAAUGGUGGAAACAGAUGCAUGGUGGUGGAAUUUGUGAAGCAGAAGUAACUUCAGGAAAUGAAGCUGCCGCCGAACUAGGACUCGACAAUGUCGGAGGCGUAUUUGUUGUUCUAGCUGUCGGAGUCGGACUGGGCCUCAUAUUCUCUUUAUGUGAAUUCACUUGGAUGGUUAAGAAAGUUGCUGUCAGGGAACACAUUGCAUUCAAACAUGCCCUAAUACAAGAACUCACGUUUGCUUUCAACAUUUGGGAACGACAGAAGAAAGUUCAGUAGAAAUUGUUUGUUGUAAUGCUUUAUAAUAAUAAAUAAACCUUACAUAAGU